GGACAUCUGGCGGUGCCAGAUCAGCUAAGAUGAUCUCUGCUCAGAGUUCAGAGUCGGUGGAUGGUGUGAACAGUCCAGGAAGUCGUUCUCCCGCCAGUCGAUCCUCCACUCCCAACAGAGACGUGAAGAAGGUGGCGGUGGUCCGGACCCCCCCCAGGUCCCCCGGUUCGGCGCGUGGGCGGCCGGCGCCCCUCCCCUCACACCCCAUGCCCAACCUCAGCAAUGUGAAGUCGAAGGUGGGGUCGACGGAGAACCUGAAACACACACCGGGCGGCGGAAAGGUCAACAUCGUCCACAAGAAGCUGGACCUCAGCAACGUCUCGUCCAAGUGUGGCUCCAAAGACAACAUCCACCACAAGCCAGGUGGAGGGAAGGUGGAGAUCAAGUCUGAGAAGGUGGAUUUCAAAACAGUGCAGUCCAAAGUGGGUUCCCUGGAGAACAUCACCCACAUGCCGGGAGGAGGAAAGAAGAAGAUCGAGAGCCAGAAGCUGAUGUUCCGAGAAACGGCCAAGGCGAGAACCGACCACGGCGCCGACAUCGUCGUUCAGGCCGAAUCUCCCCACCACCUGAGCAACACCUCGUCCCCGGGAAGCCUUAACGCCGCUGAGGCUCCGCCCCUUGACACCCUGGCCGACCAGGUGUCCGCCUCUCUGGCCAAGCAAGGACUGUGAUUGGAUGAUCCCCUGUGCCUGCUGAGCCCGCCCCCUCCCGUUACCAAGGCAACCGUUACAGUGGAAACUGUUGGAAGAAAAGAAAAGAAAAUUCAUGAUGCCUUUUUUUCAUAACUUUCACCAAAAAUCAACUGCAGAGAUUUUAUGUCACAAAGAAAAGAAACUGAAACCACAACCAAUCACAGCUCAAUCCAUUUAACCACAACCAAUCACAGCUUAGUCCAUUAAGCAACAGCCAAUCACAGUUGAGUCCAUUUAAACCACAACCAAUCACAGCUUAGUCCAUGUAAGCAACAGCCAAUCACAGCUCAGUCCAUUUAAACAACAGCCAAUCACAGCUCAGUCCCAUUUAACCACAACCAAUCCUGCUCAGUCGGUUCAUAUGACAGCCAAUCACAGCUCAGUGCAUUUAAACCACAACCAA